AUGGAACACGGUCAAAGUAAGCUAACCGAAUAUUCUAUAUCUUCACUUAUUGGUAAUGAUAACCGUCAGUCACCAUCAACGCCUACUACACCAUUGACAUCUCCCAUUUACAAUGCUUUUUGGAGCUGCCAAUUUCUGGCUGGAUUAGCCCAAAAGUAUCUGAAUGACAUACAGAACAGUUCAAAUCCCACUUGUCUCCAAAAUCAGUUCACCCAAUCUUCUUAUUUUCCCUCACCACUUUCUUCCUCCUUUCCUCCCCUUGGAAGUAGUAAUAAUGUAGCCUGGUAUCUACAAACUGUGCUUGCAAAUGCCUCGAAAUUGGCCGAUUUGCCACAUCCUUCACUUCUUGACUCUGGUAUUCUGAAUCCAGCAGCGUAUCGAAAGAUUAUGAGUCAGGUUUUGAAUAUUCAACCGCCGCCGCCGCCACCACCACCACCACCUCAACCUCCACUACCCCCUCAAAGACAAUCAUCUCCGCAGAAUCUCUCCGCCAGAUCCAAGAAUGUUGAUAAUCUCCCAACUACUAUAUCUACACCUAAGCAGUCACCAUCACAGACAAACUCUUCAGAACACGGGUCAUCGAUUGUUUUUGAAGGACAAGGACGUAUAAACCAACUCGGCGGUAUGUUCAUCAACGGUCGACCUCUGCCAUACAAGACACGUUUGAGAAUAGUUCAGAUGUCACGAAAUGGAGUUCGACCUUGUGAUAUCUCACGUCAACUGAAGGUGUCCCAUGGAUGUGUCAGCAAGAUCCUCCAGCGUUUCCACGAGACAGGAAGUGUAAGCCCAGGUGCCACAGGUGGAGCUCGAAAAAAUCGUAUUCACAGCCAGACACGAUCUCAUUUGAAUGUACCAACUAAUCCCAGCCAUUCCUACUCCCACCACCACCAACAAUAUCUAUUCUCAUCAUCCUCCACUAAAGAACUACCUCAAAAUUUAUCGAGUAAACCUCACAUGGGUAAGAUGCCAUUUGAAUAUCCCAACUGGAAUGAAUCCUGGUCAUCAUUUGGAAGUUCGACAACGUUGCCCACCUUCCCUCGUCAUGACAUGGAUUCCGCUUUUACCCAACAAAGAGACACGCAGCAUCCACGACUCAAGUUUUCCGCUUCAAUGUUGGCUGAUCAGAAGAGUGGUGAUGCAGAUUCCAAAUGCGAUAAAACUGUUCCCAAUCCCUAA